UCAGAACUCCUGGUAAACAAGACUAUUAUUUCAUGCCAUUGCCACGCGUGUUAAAAUCUGGAAACUGAAGUAACAGAACCGAUUUGAACCAUGCCUCCCAAAAAGAAAGAAGGGCCUCCUAAGAAGGUUUUGUUAGGCCGUUUUGGAACAUCUUUGAAGAUUGGUAUUGUCGGAUUGCCAAAUGUUGGAAAAUCAACUUUCUUCAAUGUUUUGACUAAGAGCCAAGCUGCAGCUGAGAAUUUCCCUUUCUGUACAAUUGAACCUAAUGAAAAUAAGGUACCUGUCCCAGAUGUUCGAUAUGACUUCCUCUGCGAGUUCCACAAACCUGCAAGCAAAGUUCCUGCUUUCUUGCAUGUGGUUGACAUUGCUGGUUUGGUAGCUGGAGCUCACGAUGGUCAAGGUCUUGGCAAUGCCUUUCUCUCACACAUCAAGGCCUGUGAUGCCAUUUUCCAUCUUUGUAGAGCCUUUGAGGAUGAGGAUGUAACACAUGUAGACGGUGAUAUCAACCCUGUUAGAGAUUUAGAUACCAUCUUCAAUGAGCUUAGAUUAAAGGACAUUCAAUACCUGAGAACGCAGUAUAAUGAAAUGGAGAAGAAAACCGUUCGAGGUGCCGACAAGAAAGCAUCGGCAGAAUUGGAAUGUGUUGGUCGAGUGCUGAAGUAUCUGGAGGAGGAGAUGAAGCCGAUAAGACAUGCAGAGUGGGGUGCGAAUGAUGUCGAAGUGUUAAAUAAGCAUCUACUCAUCACCUCCAAACCGAUCAUUUAUCUUGUCAAUCUAUCAGAGAGGGACUACAUUAGAAAAAAGAACAAAUGGCUUGUGAAGAUCAAGGAGUGGAUAGAUGCGAACGAUCCUGGUGCUACCAUAAUACCAAUCAGUGCAUCCCUGGAAUCAAAGCUCUUUGAUAUGGGAGAUGAAGACAAAGAGAAGUAUCUACAGGAUGUCAAGACCACGAGUGUCCUGGAGAAAGUAAUCAAGACUGGAUUCCAUGGUCUCCAGCUGGAAUACUUCUUCACAGCGGGCAAAGACGAGGUCAAGGCAUGGACCAUACAGAAAGGAACAAAGGCACCGCAGGCAGCUGGGAAGAUCCAUACAGACUUCGAGAAAGGUUUCAUCAUGGCAGAGGUGAUGAAGUUUGAAGACUUCAAGGAACUAGGAAAUGAAAAUAAUGUCAAGUCUGCGGGGAAGUACAGGCAACAGGGAAAAACCUAUGUCGUAGAGGAUGGUGAUAUCAUAUUCUUCAAAUUCAACGCAGGCGCAGGAUUAACGACUAAAAAGAAGUAGUACUUGUAGAAUUAAUAUAACUAAAUAUUAUGUCAAUGCCAAUUUUCUCAAUGCUAUUUUACUUCUGCAAUUUAGCAGGCUGUGGUAUGGUUUGAAGUUGUAGAUAGGAAUAAUGUACAUUGUAUACAUCCAAAUAUACUCCAGUAGUAUAAAUGGGUUUUUUAUCAUCCCCUCUUUCUCUCCGACUUGCUCUUUCUCACACACAAACAUACACACAGAUGCUCUCUCUCUCUCCCACUCAUUCUUUCUUUUUCUCUCCUUUGCUGUUGUUCAUCAAUGCCUUCCCAUUUAUUUUGUAUUUCCUGUUCCCCACCCCCCCCCUCUCUCUCUCUCUCAUCCUCUUCUCUUCUCUUUCAGUUUUGAUUGGCAUCUUUUCAUUUAAAUGUCUUUCUCUCUUCCUGCCUUGUUUCUGUAUCCCGCUCUCUCUCUCUCUCUCCCACUCAUUCUUUCUGUUUCUCUCCUUGCUGCUUUCUUUUCUGUUGUUCAUAAAUGCCUUCCCAUUUAUUUUGUAUUUCCUGUUCCCCAUCCCCCCCCCCCCCCUCUCUCUCUCAUCCUCUUUCUCUUGUCUUUCAGUUUUGAUUGGCAUCUUUUCAUUUAAAUGAUCUUCUCUCUUCCUGCCUUGUUUCUGUGCUUCUGACUACACCAUUCUGGCUCUCUGUCUAUCUUCUUUUGAUUUAUUUUCUUUCAACAAAAUCAUUAUGAAAGGUGAAUGUGGCAAAUGUGAAAUGUAAUUAAAACUCUGGGUUAGUACUCUCAUAACAUCAUCAGGUUUCAAAACUUUCGAGCCUGCAUCGCAUUUUGAUAAAUCUAAUGAUUACUUAUUUUCAAAGUUAAAAGUGCUAUUCUAGUUGUGGGAGAGAAUGAAAAAAGGUACUUGGAACCUUUCAAAUGUAUUUGGGUAAGGUAUGAUAUAAUAAAAAAAGUAGUCUACUCAAAAUGCUUGUUCUUCAAAUGCCCUCAUAUUUAAAAUAUGGGGGAGCGGCUAAAAGGGUUCAGCUGGCAAAUUUGUACAUAGUCCUACACAUUCAUUUCUGUAUGAAGUUCAUAGGGCUCUUCAUAAACUUUUGAUCGUUUGUAAGACUAACAGCGUUAUGUCUGGCGUUUUUCAUAUGAAGAUCAAUGCUAAUUUGAGAUAUAUUUAUCAUUUGGAGAAUUCAACCCUUAAAGUUGCAAAUAUAUCUGUGUACAUGUAUAUCUAUAUCAAAUAUUUAAUAAUAAACUGUCAGGUGAAAGAUUUUGAAAUGUUUGAUUAUUCCAAUUUUGUGAAAAUCUUCAAAUUUUAAUUUUGAUGACGUGCAUUUGGUUUCACCAGAUUUUUACCCUAUCUUGUUCAUGUAAGUUAUCAGUAACAAAUAUGUUCUCAGCCAAUGGAAGUUCAAAUGUGUUAGUUUCAAGAGCUUGUACUAGGAGUUUUGUAAAAUAGGGCCCUGCUCUUAGGGAUAAUUAUAUAUUUCUGUAAAACAUUCAGACUUGUCAUCCAAAGGUACAUGUAUUAAUUCUAUAUAAAGCACAAUUAUCUCUAAUUGAACCUUAUUUUGUCUGAAGUCUGUCGUGAUAAAUUUAAGACUCACACAUAUUAUGCCUGUUUAUUAAUUCAUUUCGAAACUCAAUCAUGUCAAGUCCUUUGGCUGGGCAAGAAAAGCUGAUAUUUCAAUACAUCACUCAGUUAUUUGAAGAAGGGAAAACAAAAGUCUUACUCUAUAUGUAUUAAUGUAUAAUUUAAUUAGACAAUGAAAAUGUUCCUAUUACUUCCUUGUUUUCUAAUUACAUUACUUUUGAUAUCAUAUAACAAAUAUUUACCACUAUAUAUUAUAAUUUUCAUAUUGAUUUUAUCAAACAAAAAAUGGAAAUCUACCAAAUAAACCAUGCAAAGCUUGUGAACAUGAUUUAGUAGAGCAAUCAAGAAACUUGAUUAAGAAUACAUUGUCACUUUUUUUUCCAAAUUGAAACAAAUUUUAAGACAGCUUUGAAAAAAAAUCUUAUUUUUAGAGUUAUGACAUAAACAACCUUCUUUUGCCUGAGAAGUGUUUGCUAUAGGAAUUACGAGACUGUUAAAUUUCAGACAAUAUGAGGUAGCCAUCAUUGCCAGAUUUCUAAAUACAGCUGUUAAAUCAUAAUCCAAAGUGAAUAAAGAGUCUACAUCGCAAACUUAAAAAUUCACAAAUUUCCAGGGAAGCUCAAUUUUUUUUUUUUUAAGUUUGAGAUGUAAGGUUUUAACUCCCCAUGACAACAUGUACAUGUAUGUUUAAUUUGGUGGAUAUGAAAGUAGACUCCCUAUUCUUUCUAGAUUACAAGCAUUGCUUACAGUUCAUAUUCAAAGGCGCUGCUUCAGAUGCCAAGUUUGCCAUCUACAUCCUGUUAAAUACACUCAACUAUGGUUGUAUAAGAAAUUUAAACAAAUAUUGUUUUAAGAAAAAAUUUCAAGGACUUAACAACUGGAAAGGGGAAUGUGAAACCUGAUUUUAUGACUUCCUUCAAAAUGUGAGGUUUCAAAAGUACAAUUCAAAAGUUGUUCAUUUUUUUAUUUGAUUUGUGUGAAUAGAAGUGAAACCAUGCAUUGCUUAGCUCCGGUUACUUGCAUACAGGAAAUAAUAUACACUAUUUGCGCAUUACCAAUGAAUAUAUAAUUUAGGAAUGAUUAUAGUGUAAUACCCUGGUAAUUUCUAUAAUUGAUAAAGGAUAAUAUAGUUGGCAUAUCUUAUUACAUGUACAUGUACUAAGCAUCUAUUGUAAAAAUGCAUUGAAAUAUCUAUUUGAACUCAGUCAUUUACUGUUUCUGACCUUGGUAUUUGAAAUCAUUAUUCUCAUUUCCAGUUUACAGUAUGAAAUGACCAAAUUAUCAUGAUUAUUGUAAUCAUGAAAAAAGUGUUCCUCUCAGUCAAAUAUGGUAUAAGUGAAAUAAUUUGCGAUAAAAUAUUGUCAUAUUCUGUCAUUUUAUGCAUUUGAUAUCAAUGUUUGAUCCUGCCAACUUUAAUAAUGGGGAAAACUGAGAAUUUUCGUCAUGAAUAUAAUAUUCGACAUAUUUAGAUAAUCAUUAGGCUAAACAUAAAAAUCAAUGAAAUCUGACAAAUAAAGCUUCCUAUGUCUGGACAUUUUGCCUUAUUUUGUCUUUAAUCAUUUUCAGGUUUUGAAUUUUAUAAAUAAUAAUUUGACCAUGUUAAAUGCAAAAUCCACAUUCUGACAGUAAACUGUAUUUUGAAUCCUUCUGAUUUAUGAAAAUGAAAGAUGCUGAACUUGAUUACAUGUAGGUAUAGAUUAAUAAUGUAAUAUUGUCAUAUGUUUGAGAAGUGAAAUUUAUAAUUGACAUUUUAGUCAGCAUUUACAAUUCUUUGUAAAGACUGUUUCUCCAUGGGGGAAUUAACAGUUGAAAGAAGGUUUUAUGAAAAUAUAUCUAUUUGAUUUAACUCCUUUUCAUUUAUGAAUACAAUUGUCUUACACUUCAGUCAAGUUCUUUUGAAUCUUGGUACUUGCUCACGUUUCAACAUUUAUUUCUGGUCUAUUGUACUUUUUCAAAUUGUUUCAUAAAAUCAUGUUAAAAGGAUGUCCACUUUUAUAUCGCUUCGAUGUUCAAAAAAGACAAAAAAGAGGGAAUUACAUUUUGAUGAAGGUUGAGAUGGAAAUACAUCAAAGAAUAGCAAAGUUAUGAAGUCUCAAAGUUUUAUAUUUGUGAUUUCACAUACAAACAGCUCCCAGAUAUUUCUUGUAAGUCAUCACAAGCUGCUAAAAAUAGGAUUUCAUGUAAAAUAUAUUACGUGACAUACAUGGGAGCUGCUGGCAUGUGAUAUCACAUAAUUACAAAUUUGAAUCUCUUGAUUCUGUUAUUUUUUGAUGAUAUGUGUUUCCUCCAUUUGUCCCCUUUUAUUAAAACCAAAUUGAGGAAAGGUGUGACUUUUACUUUAAUAUAUACAUGUACAAUGUGAAACUACUUUUCUUUGCAUUGAAUCUGUAUUAAAAUAGUAAAAACCUA